AGAAACUUCCAGCAUGGCAGACCCUCUCCCUGUGUGGACAUCUGUUCUUGUGCUCUGACGGACCCCUGGUGUGCCGAGAGGGAUGCUGUGCUGGUCAUCUCUCCCCCCUCACCUUCAUCAUCAUCUUCAUCACUGAUCAGUGUCAGGAGGAACUAUGGUGAGCAGGGAAGAGGGUAAAUGCAUGCUCACCAACUCCGAGUCCGACUCCGAGGCAACAGCUGCCUCUAUGGCCCUGGACGUUAAAGGGUCGACGGACCACAGCCGGCAGGUGCGCAAGCGCAACAAAGCCCUCCAGGUGCGCUUCAAGGACAUCUGCGAAGCACAGAACGAACAGGCUCGAGGAGGGAAGCCAGCAUCAUACAAGGUGCCAUACCGCAAGUACAUGACCGUCCCGGCUCGUCGAUCAAUACCAAACGUCACUAAAAGCACUGGAGUACAAACGUCGCCAGAUCUUAGAAAGCGUUACCAGACUUUUCCAUUCGAGCGCAAGAAAGGGCACACAGUCAAGCACGCUGCUGCUGUGGAGAGUUGCAGAGACCAGGACGAUGGGUUUGUUAUCGAUGUAAAGAGGGCAAAGGCUACUGAUAGCGCCUCCUCUCAUAAUGUGAGGAAAACAAGAGCUUUGAUGCACACCAGCAAGUGCAUCGCGACUAUUGAACAACAUCCGCAAGUUACGGACGGACCCUGCUCUGAUGCUCUAGUUUUACCCUGUCCAACAGACGGGACGACAACAGGAGCAGACAACUCGGAUUACCAGAUCUGUAGCGUUAGAAGUAAACACAGUAAGGGCUUCCAGAGAGACUUGGAAACACCCGAUCGUUCGGGAAAGCUACAAUUGAUGAACUCUGCAGAAAGUGGUGGGGGUAUUCUCCAAGAUUCGUCAUCUAAAGUUACGGGACCCCUCGCAUGGAACUCGCUCACGCAGGUGGAGUGCUUGGAGAGUCCUUCGGAACGCAGCAAACGUCUGAAGACAUUGCAACUCAACGGCUUGCAGUCACAGACUUUACCGAGGGCCAAUUGCACGACACAAGUUCAGUGCCAUACAGGCAUGUUAUCCGCUCGCCCGAUGCAUGCCGUGGAGGAGGCAACAGUGGCCUCCGUGGUGAAAGCAGCCGUUCCCAUGCCAGCGCCUCCAUGCCGGGGCCUGACAGCAACUGUACAGGCGGAUAAUGAGGCUUGCAAGCAGAUUGUACCUGUCAAACAGGAUGGGGAUGUUAAAGCACAGCUCCAGGCCAUGGAGAACAUGAUCAGCUCCAGCCAGGAAACCAUCAAAGUAUUGCUAGGUGUCAUUCAGGAGCUGGAGAAAGGAGAGGCUCAUAGAGAAGGACUCUCCUAUCGGACCGGACAGGACACGGCCAACUGCGACACGUGUCGGAACAGCGCAUGCAUUAUCUACAGUGUGGAGCUGGACUUUAAACUGCAGGAAGAUAAACUCCAGCCUCUGAUGAAGAGACUGUGUCCCACAGACGAGUCCUCGUUCCCCCCUCUGCAUUAUCCUCAGGAGAGCAUCGGCUCCACGCCCAAACGCAAGUCCAAAGCCGAGGCCAAGAAACAUGCACGAUGGAAACUCUGGUUCCUGUGACGACAAACACACCUGCGACCCCUCGGCAGGAUUACACAGCUU